AUUGACCUUCUAGAGCCCAACUAUAUCUCAACGCCGACAUUGACAAGUCCAAGUGGCAGCCCGAGUCGACGCAGCUCUGAUGCCUCAGGAGAUGACAUCCAAGUCGACUGGCAGGCUCUUGACAAGACCGAAGAACAGGAGAAAGAAGACAGAAGUCUGCCCGACGGCGUCGAGGAUGAGUCGACAGCCUUCUUAUUGGCAAGACUGGAGCAGGAGAAUGCCAAGUUUGCUGCAGACCCCAAGGCAGCUUCGAACAAGCCGUCGUCGCGCGCACGAGCACACAGCCGCCCGCCAAGUAUGGCGCUGAUCAAGAAGCUGGUAGCCGACCGGGACGCGCCUUCUGUUCGGUAUAGCAUUUCCUUCAACACUGGAAUUCCUGAUGAAGUGCCACCGAUGACCGAGCUAGAGUUCUGGGCGGCUCUCGUGCAGGACUACCCGAGCACAGCAGUCCGCUUACCAACCCUGACCACAACCAAAAUUCGCUCAGGCAUACCUCCCCCACUACGCGGCGUAGUGUGGACUUCAAUGGCCGGCGCUCGAGAUCGAGACUUGGAGGAGGCUUAUGAGCGACUGCUUGGUGAAAAGAGUCCUUACGAGGGCAUCAUCAACAAAGAUGUUGGCCGAUCAUUUCCGGGCGUCGAGCUCUUUAGGGAUGCUGAAGGCGAUGGUCAGAAGAUGCUUGGCAGAGUGCUGCAAUGCUUCUCCUUGCAUGACAAAGAUAUCGGCUAUUGUCAAGGCCUGGGCUUCUUGGUUGGACCGCUGCUCAUGAACAUGGGUGAGCGGGAAGCGUUUUGCGUCCUUGUCCGCCUCAUGGACCACUACUCCCUCCGACCCUCGUUCCUUCCUUCCCUGUCCGGCUUGCACAUGCGAAUAUACCAGUUCUCCUCAUUGCUGAAACAACACCACCCGAAACUCCACGAACAUCUUGCGCACCUAGGCAUUGAGCCUGCGUAUCUGUCACAAUGGUUCCUGUCUUGCUUCGCAGUCACAUGCCCUCUCCCCAUGCUCUUCCGAAUCUACGAUGUGAUCUUUGCGGAAGGUGCGAAUGAGACUGUGAUGCGCGUUGCGUUAUCUUUGAUGAGGCGUCACGAGGAGAAGAUGGUGGCAACUAGUGAAUUCGAAGAGGUCAUGCAGCUUCUACUCGGACGCGAGAUGUGGGACGUCUACGGGGGCGACGCCGACUUACUGGUCGAUGACUUCACAUCUUUGGGUGAUAUUGUGACACACGCUGGCUUGUCUGAGCUGGAGAAAGAGUUUGAGAAUCAGUCAUCUGAGACGGUUGGACAAAGUGCUGGUUUCUUGCCUGAUGUUCAAGCAGCAGCAUCACGUUUCCUUGGUCGGUUGUGGACUCCUGGACACGCUUCGACUCCCAGCAAACCUGUUGGUCAUAUGCUAAAGCCAAGCGUCAGCACUCUGUCACCACCCACCCUUGAUAAAAAUGCAACGAGCAUGUCAACAGGAUUCUUUGGCAGACCAUCGAGCUUUCUCAGACGCAGUCCCAGCAAGCAAAGCAUUGGAGUCGUUGAGAGUUCAAGCAGCGAAGACAGCACAUCAACAACUGGCUCCUCGGCUCCCAGCUUAGCAUCAACGGCCAUCACAGAGCCCGACACACCAAACGCGAACGAUCAAGACACGAUACGAGAAAGCGUUGCCAAUAGUGUCAGCACGAAGUCCAAGGCCGAAUCAAUGUUUGCCACAACCCCGAGCCUGCAGCAGCAGGAGCUUCACGCCCAAAUCGAGGACCUGCUGACUGCAAUCGGAGAAAUGCAGAGAGAGCACGCACAGCUUGCUGCAAUGCUUCAGCGCGAACGCGAGGAGCGCAGCGAAGACCAGAAGGUCAUGCGGCAAAUCGUUGGUAAGCUGAGGAAAGACGACAAGGAUGACCGACGACGUACCAUGCCUCCGCCUGCAAACAAAGAUGAACUUGAGCUUCCUCCGAGGAGCCGUCCCUUGAGCGUGGGGGACUGGACUAACGUUCAGCUUGACGGUAGCGAGAAGGUGCCAGAAAAGGACGGGCUUGAGCACCUGGUAGAGAAAGCCCAGAAUCGGUUGCAAACCAAUGUCAGGUUCUCUGCUAGCCUCGAGACGAAAGCUCAGCUGCGGAGCACUCUUGCGAGGACAAGAGAAGAGUUGGCUGUUGCUGAGUCCCAGUCACGAGAUCUCGCAGCACGGCUGGACUCUUCAGAAGCCUCCCUGAUGACUUCCCAAAGCGAAGCCGAUGACCUCCGAUCAGAAGUUAGGGAAUUACGCCAACGCGUGAAUGACGACUUCAAGGCAAGGCAAAAGCUGGAGCAUCAGCUCACGGAACUCAAGGCUCAGGCCAGAUCUAGCACAUUUGCAGCGGAUCCGCAAAGCAGGAAAGGUAGUGUCUCCAGCUUGCCGGCAGGAUCUGUCGCGAAUGCUGGUGGUCUGCGUGAGCUGAAGCUUGGUCGACGAGAGUCAAGCUCUUCAGUACAGAGUCUGCUACCUGAGACCAGUGAGAGACUGACGGUGCAUCGCCGUGGCUUCUCGCAGAGGACCUCGUCUCUUGCCACGCGGGAGGUCUUUGCGACUACGCAGCAUGAACCGGUUCCAGAGGAAGCCUUAGUCCUAGAACUUGUCAAUGCGAAGACAUCUGAGGCGCUGGCUCGACAGGAACUUGACGAGGUCAAG